GGGCGCGGCGGCGGCGAGGGGCAGAGCCCGGCGGGCUGCGGGGCGGCCCCGCUCCCCGUGAAGAAGCGGCGCGGCAGGGCAGCGGCCGCCGCCAUGCAGCCGUUGCACCGAGCCCCGGCGCUGCCGCUGCUGCUCCUCCUGGCCACCGGAACUUUGUGCCUCUGCCUUGCCUCCUCGGAGGAACCAACCACUGAUGGCCUCACUUCAACUUCCCUGCUGGAAUUUGCUGUUAUGUCCCAUCUGGAGGCAAUGAAUUCGCAUGAGCAAACGAGCCCUGAGACUGCAGAGCCUGAUCUCAUCCCUGGCUCUCUGCAUGCUGCCCCGGGAUCAGGUUUUGCCAGCGAGGAGAACGAGGAGUCCAAGAUCUUACAGCCUCCGCAGUACUUCUGGGAAGAUGGAGGAGAGCUCAAUGAAUCCAGCUUGGACUUGGGACCAGCAACAGACUACAGCUUUUCUGCUGCCUCUCAGAAGGCCAUGCUGAAAAGGAAUGGGACACAGACAAAAGAGAACUGGGAAGCAGCCACUGUCCAGACACCAGCAGAAUUUGUAGAGCCUGACUUGCACACGCCUUUCUCCAGCACGCUGGAGGAAGAGGAGGGGCUGCUCCCUAUAGACCAUUCAAGAGGAGGAUUGGAGAGCAUCCAGACCUCAGAGCCAGAGGUUACAUCUUCUGAACCAGUGGACCAAGAAGAGUCUUUGUCCACCCUCCUGUUUUCCACAGCCUCUGCCAGGCCAGAUGUUGUGACUGAGGCUGCCAUAGGAGGGCAAGAAGAGGACUCUGUUUCUCCUGGCUUAGACCUUGGGAGCAGCAUGGGUCCAGGUCUUCUGCCUGUGUCCUCUGUUUUUUCUACAACUCCUGCACAGUCCCCUGGUGUUUCAGAAGAGCAAUUUGAGGUGACAACUGGAGAUACGUGGGCUGUGGAGGGAGCAGAUUCAGAACAGACUGUGACUACCACAAGUCCAGAGCUUUCAGAACCCACGAUGGAGGCUGGUGGGGAAGAACAUUCAGCCAGAGAUGAGUUCUUGGAGACAACAGUGGGGUGGGAGAUGCUGAAGCCCACAGUGCUAACUGAACUGGAGCAGACAGCAGAGAUGCCUGUGGGGACACACACUCCUGGAGGCAGCUCCGCAGACUCACAGACUGUUUUUGGUGGUGAGCAUCAUCCAGCUUCCUCUGCAGCUCCGUGGGACAGGGCUGAUGAGCCUGUGCUGAAUCCUGUCUGGAAUGACACAGAAGUAGCAACAGAGACUGUUACAGCAGAGGGGAGCUUGUCACCACAGGCUGGAGAUGCCCGCAUGGCCAUGCUGCCGACAGAAGCGCCCUGGAAUUCAGCACAGGUGAUCUGCAAAGACUGGAGCAACCUUGCGGGGAAAAACUACAUCAUCCUGAAUAUGUCAGAUAACAUUGACUGUGAGGAAUUUCGGCUGGAGAGGGGUCCCCAGCUGUUGGCUCUGGUGGAGGAUGCUUUCUCCAGACAGACAGAUGGACUGCAGGACCACUGGAUGAUCUCUCUGAGCAAACCCAACGAGAAUGACAAGCACUUGCUAAUGACACUGGCAGGGGAACAGGGUAUCAUCCCUACAAAAGAUGUCCUCAUGGCACUGGGGGAUGUUAAGAGGAGCUUAGCUGAGAUUGGCAUCCAGAACUAUUCAACCACCACAAGCUGUCAGUCACAUCCCAAUCAGACACGCAGUGAUUAUGGGAAACUCUUUGUGGUACUGGUGAUCAUUGGCUCCAUCUGUGCCAUCAUCAUUGUCUUGGGGCUCAUAUACAACUGCUGGCAGAGACGCCUGCCAAAGAUGAAGAACAUGUCACAUGGUGAAGAGCUGCGCUUUGUUGAGAACGGCUGCCAUGACAACCCCACCUUGGAUGUGGCAAGUGACAGCCAGUCAGAAAUGCAGGAGAAGAAGCCAAGCGUGAAUGGUGGAAACACCAUCAAUGGCCCCGACAGCUGGGAUGUCCUGAUCAAUAAGCAGGCAAGCGAGGAUGUGGAUGUGUUUGAGGAAGACACACAUCUUUAGAAAAAGAAGAGAGGGAACAGCCCCCUGAAAUAUAAUUGUCUCCUAUCUUGACUGAUGGACCAUGGGAUCAAGUGGCUUAUCAGGAACAACUGAAAGGCUCGGGAUGGGUCGAAUUUUUUGGGCGAGUUUUCCCGAUGGAAGUCCUGAGCCUGAAUCUGUUUGGAGCCAGGAGGAUCACUGAACAGAGGGAAGCGGGGAUGGGUGGGUGGGUAGGUCUCUGUGUGUGUGUUCCUAUCAGUAGCACCAAUGCUUUCAUCACCUUUAAAUGCACUUACUGUAGCUCUCUGGUAGUGGCUGAGAGUGACCGGGCUUGAAAAAAAGGAGUUGAGGCUAGGUCUAGCACUGAGAAUUCAGCUUUGGGGAAUUAAUACACUUUGAGAGUCCAGCUGAAAUUAUGUCAGCCAGAUCCUGACCUUGAUACACCUGGAUUUUUAUCUCUAGGUUGCAUUCAAUCCCUGUAGGUGCUGUAUAGGCUGUUCUGGAUGGAGGGAGUCACAACUCUGUUGAUAUCUUGGGCUGAGUUUGCAUUCCACUCCAUGAAAAGAGAUUUUUGUAGCAGUCUAGGAUUCAGAUGUUUAUGUCUGGGAAGAACAUCUCAGUGUCAUCUCUUUUAUUUUUCCUCUUCAACCUCACACCCUUAAACAGCCCACACUCCUUUUUCACUUCCACAGCUCCAAGCUGAGCUUGCAAAGUCUGAGCACUUUACCCUUGUUUGGCUGAUUGCAGAGAAUUUGGUGCCAUAGUGCAUCAUCUCAGCUGGAAGUUUGCUAGUUUGGAGAGUUGCUCAAAAAGGACCUUUACCUGCCUCUUUCACCUAACAGCAAUGAAAUUAGCAGCAAAGUAUCCCUCAUCUCAGUCUUAGAUUGGCAGCACUUUUCUACUCCCAUUCCAUUUUCCAGGAUAAUUGGUUUCAGUUAAUCUUUUCGAGGUAAGCAUAAGGGCUAUGGGAGGUUUUUAACAGAGAGAAAAGUGAAAACUCAAACUGAUAAAUUUCUGGCCCUUUUGUUUCCUUUCCAGGAUCCUGCCUUGAAGUGUGAAGUGUUUAAUGUCAUAUUGGUGUAAAUCAGGGUAACUCUUCAAAAUUGCUUCAUUCAAACAAGUGUAAAAGCCUGUUUAGAUGAGAAGCAGAUCUAAGAGCUCCCCAGUGAAUGUUUUUCAGGCAUGCCUCAGGCAAUUUUGAGGCCCCAGCUCCCUGAAGAUGUGUGAUAAAAGGCACGUGAAUGUGCAUAAUUGUUCUUUGAGCACUGUCUAAAUCAAGACUUGGAACUACUUUCAAGCCUGGAAUCCCAGAACAUUUGUUUCUUCUAUUAGCAGGGAUUGAGGGACUUGCUUAGGUCAGUGGCAAAGCUAUUCCUGUCCAUUAUGGUGAUCUGCUUCCUUGCAGCUCACGUUUGGUCUUUAAGGAGGCCUUUUACAGAAAGAUUCCAGAUAUGCAGUCUGUAAAUCUAUCUCUGUAUGUAUAGGUAUUUUUAGCAUAUCCAUCCCUGAUGUAAGUCCCUAAAGUCAAGGUACAAAAGAGUCUGUUUCAUUUUGCAUAGCGCUUUGCAUACAAACUGAAUCACAGAUCACCUUGAUGUAGGACCAUUCAAGAAAAGUCACGGCCUUUGGUUUCCUAUCCAGAUUCCAAUUUUCAGUGUUUAUUCCGCCUCUGUACUUUUCCCUUAUGUUGUGUAAGAGAUGGUGACCACCAGCUCCUUUUGUAUCUUGUUGGCAGAGCUGCAGAGAUACCCAGAGGAGUUCCCUCUCCUGCCCUAGCAGUUGAUAAUGGCUGGCUGGUGUGGGGGAGCAGUGAGUGCACAUGGAUGGCCACGUGUGGCCCUUUGCUGACCAUCCCUCACUGAUGACUCCUGCUGAAUUUGGUGGGUUCGUGCAGUGAAACUGCACAAGUUCAUUGGCUGUGUUGAUGGCAUUUUGGGCUUCACGGGAUUAAAUGCGAGUUGUUCAUAUAAUAUGGUGAGUAAAUUUAAAGCAUGGAGUUUAAGUUUGAGUUUGUAUAGCACUUAGUAUAACAGGGCCUGGCAUGGCUGUGGCCUUUAGGGAGUUUCACUGUAUAAAUGUUUCUAAAUCCAGUAAUCUUCACUAAAUAUGUUUUUUUUGUUUGUUUGUUUUUUUAACCCAGUGGCUGUCAGGAAGGUACAGCCACCAGUCAGAUGUGGAUUAGUUCACACACAAAAGACUUUGUUGGUGCACUUCAUUGCUAGGAGCUGCUUUGCUGCCUCCUUUUCUCACCGCGCCAUUGAGAAAAACAACCAGGUGCUGAUAAAGUGAGCUUCUUGCUGGACUCAGCACCUUCUGAUCUGGUCUAAGUCUUCAAAUUCUAAAGAAAGCAAGGAGGAUACUGAGGCUUAUUAAUAACCUAGCAAAUCCUCCUGGUUUGCUGCCCUGGGUUUUUACAGCCUGACUGUAUUUUAGAGCCUGUAGUGGAUUCCUCUGAAUCUGGAGUGCUCCAGGGUUUCUUUAGAAUGCCUGAGGGUGGCUAUCACAAAUGCCAGAACAAUAUUCUGAUGUCCCUGGCAGGGUGCACUUGGCUAUAUGAUCUCAGUUUAUCUCCGGAAAUCUACUGGCUAAUAGCAUUUCAUUGUAGUCUGGUGAUCUUUUUAUUCCUUUUCCACUUGUUUUUUUUUUUUCCUCUGUAUCAUUUUUUGCACUAGGCCGAUUUGUUAAGUCAAUUGCACUGUUGUCCUCUCCUGCAAGCCCUGCAGAUGGGUCACUUCCUGGCACAUGCAGGCUGGGAAGUGCUGUAGAAAGGCUACCUGUAGCCCGUUUCACUUUGUUGUUCAGAGCUUGGGUCCAGGUCUCUACAGGGAGGACUUAAAAAGGAAGAGAAAGUUUAUCAGUUGUUAUGGGAAACUUUUCUAUCAAUUUAAUGUAGUUAAACUUGUUUUUAACAAAGACUGUCAAAGCCGGUCUUCUCAGAGGGGUGCACCAGGCUCCAGAGCAGACAGAAGACAGAGUAAUUCCAGGAAAAGUGUUUUCCACCUCCCAGGACUUUGCUGUGGUCCCAUCUGCCAAACGUUUGAUCGCACUGACACCUGGUGGCUGCUGAAGAGUCGGAAACAAAAAAUUAAAAAAGGACUUUCUUCCCUUCUCUUUAUCUGCGGAUAUUUGUUUCCUGCGACUUGCCUAGAACAGUCACCUGCUUUACUCACAGGGGCUGCCAUGACACUGAGCACGGAUGGGAUGAUUUGUGCAAGGAUGUCGUUGUCUGCAAAGCGAUGAGAUGGGACGUUCUCCUGUGUCACCAGUAGGGGCCCUGGACAGCAAUCCCAGCCUCAUGGCUCCUUCUGCCCCCCCUCUCCUCCAGGACUACGGCCAGAAGUUGGAGGCUCUGCCUGGAAACAAAUGUGGUUUGUCAGAACUCAGUGGGUGCUGGCAUGAGUGACUCUGUGCCCCAGAGCUGCAGUGCUGGUGUCGGCUGGAUGUGUGGACAUGGGCAGAACGACUCCACCUCUGUGGGACAAUAGCCAGGUGGGGCAGGGAUGGCCCAGUUUUGAUUGCUUCCAGAUCUUGCUGAGAUGUCCUGAAUGGGGUCUGUAAACGGGCAUAGAAACACAUGUGCUGAGUCUUUGACUCCUGCAGCCUGCCUCGUGGUGUGGCAGGGGGAGAGAGAGCUGCCUGCUAAUUGCUGAGCUGUGCUAUCUGUAAUGCAGGCUGCCAGCAUUCUACCUGUCACCUGGCAGUGUGCAGUGUGAAAUAGAGGCAACAGCAAUGCAUGGAUGAUGGCUCCAUGACCUUGAAGCAGCGCAGCAGCAUCCCACCAUGGCUGGUGCGUUCUGCGGCUCCUCUGUUGCCAGUUCUCUGCAGGGGCCGAGGAGCAGCUCAGCGCUUUGCCCUGCUGGCAGGCUUUCUGUGAGCUCAGCCCGGCCACCUUCUCGCAGCCCUCCUUCCUGCUGGACCCCCGGCUGGCCGCCAGCCCUGGCGACUCCUUGGGCAAUACAAACACUCGUGUCUGGCCCUGCAAGCGCCGAGGCCGUGGUUUUGGUUUCUUUGCAAUAAAACGCACCUCUGUGGUGUCUGACCACUGA